AUGGCGUCAGAUAGUGAUUAUGAUAUUUUUGAUUAUAACUCAAGUCAAGAUUCUUUCGAGAUUGAUUAUCAAAUUGAUCUAUUUGAACUUCAUCAAUGUUUAAAAUCAAGAAAAAGCAAACAAAAAUUAAAAAAAGCUUCAUGUUCAAUCUCAUUAAAAGCUCUUAAAUCCCAACCAACACUAGUUAAAGCUAAUUGUAUGAAUGACAAAAUAACACGUAAAGCUGAACGAAAAUUAUUUCGGCAUGAUCGUUAUACACAAAAUUCAAAGAUUUUCAAAUGUGAUGAAGAAUUCCAAGAAAAAUCAGAACACUCAUCGAAAGAACCAACCUGUGUUCAAUCAAAUGUACCAUCGAAUUGCUCGAAAAUACUUGAAGCUGGACAUUUACAAAGUUUUUCAAGCUUUCGUCGUCAUUUCUAUCAUGUUAAUCAUCAAAGAAUAAAAUCUUCUCUUCAAGAUCAACCUAAUAUUGAUGUUACUGAUAUUCGUCUUGCUCCAUUAAACAAAACUGUUCAAAAUGAUUUUAUGAAAAGAUUAAAUGAAAAUACUUCGUACUUUCCACAUUUAGUUUAUCAUGGUACAAGAUUAAAAAAUAUCGAAAGUAUACUUCGUUAUGGAUUUUUGAUACCAAAUAGAUCACAUCCAUUCAAUAGCGAAGCACCUAUUAUUGUGUCACAAAAUGGUCGAGCGUUUGGUACUGGAAUUUAUUCAAGUCAUUCAGCUGUUUAUUCAUUAUCAUAUGUUAAUGCUACGAAUACUCUUCUAGUAUGUGCAGCAAUGCCAAAACGUGACAAAGUUGGAAAAAUUGAACGUUCUCAUGGAAAUAUAUUAGUUUUAUCUCAUGUAUCACAAAUCAUACCAUUAUUUUUAAUUGAUUUUAAAUAUCUCGAUAGAUCACAUACGAAUUAUCCUUGCUUUAAUGAAGAUAAACAAUCCAAAAUAGAUAAGAACAAUGAAAUACAAAAAAAACCUGUUAUUAUUUCAAGAAAGUAUUUACGAAAAGUAUUAAAUUAUAUGAAUGAUGAAGUACGCAAGAACAAUCGAUAUCAAGUACGAUCAUUUGAAUUGUUUAACUAA